CUCUCUCUCUCCCUCUCUCUCUCUCUACCUCCCCCCCCCUCUCUCUCAGAGAGAUUGAGAAUGAGAGAGAGAGAGAGAGAAGUGAGAAGGAGAAUAUAAGUAGCAAUGGGACUUGGUUUGAUCACUUCCUAGUGAUGAAGGGGAUAGACGCAAAGACAAAAAGGAAAAGACGAAGAAGAGGAAUAUGAGGAGACGAGAGUGAGGAGCUGGCGAGAAAGUGAGUGAGUGAGUGAAACUGUUCCUCGAGGUGUGAGGUGACGGGAGUGUCUGCCUUUCCAUGAGAGAGAGAGAGAGAGAGAGAGAGAGAGAGAGAGAGAGAGAGAGAGAGAGAGAGAGAGAGAGAGAGAGAGAGAGAGAGAGAGAGAGAGAAAGAGCGAGUACGUGGUGACCGAUCGAUGUGCGCGCGUCUAGGGGUCGGGAGAGGUAGGGAGUUGUGGAUGCCUGGACGUGUUCGCGGCUGGCCCUCCCCUUCCCUGGUGCCUCUCGCCAGUGCCGCCGCGGACAUCUUAGUGCCAGUGUGUGCGUGGACCCUCUGCCACCCGCCUUGGCAUUCAGACAUUUUCUAUUGACCUCUCUUUCUCCCUGGGGCGCCCAUGAGCCUCCUAUACCCAAGUGUAGACCUUGCUGUUGCCCGCGACGGAAAGUGCUCGCGGAGAUAAAGGGUGUAGUGUGAAGGGUGAAGGGUUACAGAAAAAAUAGUUAUAGUGUGAGAAAGUGAAGUGAAGAUAUUGGAAGAGGGGGAAAUUAUUAUGUUUACACAGGUUUUCCUACUCCCACUGUGUGCUGCUUCAAGGCCCACGCUCUGAAGUAGAAGAAGAAGAAGAAGAAGGAGACAGAGAGAGAAAGAUAUAGAGGGAGAGGGAGAGAGAAAGAAGGAAAAUCACACGAAAGAAAGAACACGAAUUUAGCUGAGGGAAAGUUGCGAGGUGGUUAAUUUGCUCGCAUUGGUGGGGUUAUUACCGGAAGUGAGUGCGUGUGCGUGUAUACGGCGGCCAGGUAAUGCUAGUAAUCUUGAGGUUAAUGGCUUGAUUUGGUGUCACUACUGGCUCCAGGAAAUCUGCCGGGGAAUCUCGCUCGUCAGACCUGGAGAUGAAAUAGUACCACUCAGACCGCGAGAUCACUCAGUGGGUCUAGAGAAGGGCAGGUGGUCUUAAGUCCAGCCGCCGCCAUCGGAUUCCCACUGAUUCAGUUCCCCAGCAAAGCCUGGCAUCACACCGUCAUGUCUUUAGCCACGAGAGGGAGCGCUGCACCAGUCCUCAGCGCCGAAAAGUACCUACAGUAAUCAAGAAGCUUUUAGUCCGUCUUCUAUUACCUCCCCGAAGGAUUCGUGCGCUCACUUCGCAGCCUACAACACCACCAUCAAAUUUGAUAAUAUCCCCAAGAGUCUUUUUCCCCUCCUGGAGUCUCUCUACAGCCGUCGGUGGUGCGUCGGUUCCCCCUGAAAAUACAAUGGGAGUAGAUGGCCUACGGCACUGUCUCUGGGCCCCGUCGCAACGCUACCUUCCUACCUCGUUCGUUUCUCCCGUGCUGAUAGUGAUGGUGAUGAUGGUAGCGGCCUCAGCAUCGAGGUGCUCUGGGUAGCGGGAUGGUAUCAGGCCAGUUGAGCUAGUGAAGGAGAGAGUCCGUGUGGUCCUGCAGCCUCCCUCCUCUCUCUCAGCAGCCAAGCGUGUGUGAGCUUUACAUGGUCAAACACUACGGCUGUCCUUAAAAAAAAAAAAAAAAAAAAAAAAAAAAAAAAAAAAAAAAAAAGAAGAAGAAGAUUUGGAUCAAUGUGCCUUUUUCGACGGUGUUGCUGGUAAUACAGUAGUGAUGACGUAGCAAUGACGUGGUAAUGGCAUCUUUCAUGGAGUAGAACUGGCACUUGUAGUAGACACUUUUAAGCUCGAUUCUUACUUUGUAAAAAAUAAAAAUUAUGAUAAAUAACUACAUGACUAACGACGGACGGCAAAUGUGUAGUUCGUUAUAUUAAAGUAGAUUUUGAUACCACAAGCGUGAAGGGAAAUCUUAGACAAGCCGUUAGUUCACUGUUUUCUACAUUAAUACUUUAUAUGCAUAUAAAAAAGAAGUCGCCGCUUUGGCCACAUGCAAGAAACAACACGUCAAGGGUUACAGUGACGACAAGCAAGACAAGAAAGAUCACAACAAGUGUCGCAUAUCAAACCCACGUUCAUUUGUGCUCACACCCUCAGACACACUCUCGCUCAAUGAUACUGAAAUAAGUUAAUUCCUAAACGAGCUUAACUUUAAACGAGUUCAGAAAGCUUUAAGCUUUAAAAUAGUAAUAAAGCCACGAAAAGGUACUACAAUCUGAUUCAUGUUAGAGCAUUUUAUUCAGAUAUUGUAAUAAUAGUAAGACAAUCGAGUUCUUGUUGGUUUUCAUGUAAGUUGUAAGUUGUAGAAAGUUGUAACUUUAGACGUGUAGGAGUGUUGCCCUCUCGCGAGCUCCCAUUAAACUCGCUCAUUCAGUGUGCUCAUUACCUUGAGAAGGUAACUAAUUGACAUAAUUCACAUGGUUCUGAGAUGUUGAUUAGGUCCCACAUCUCACUCCCUCGCCCCAUACCACCCCAUCUUCCACCCUCUAUCAGUAAGCUGUAUUAGUUAAAUUAUUUGAUAAUAAAUAAAUAGGUAGAUAAAUUAAUAAAAUAAUCUUCGGUGCUCUUGUUAUUUUUUUUCGGUUAUAUGUGAUGGUUAGAUUGUAUCGUAGAUUUCACGAAUUAACAGAUGUAUCAGAUUAGAUACGACUUUUCCACUUGGUGUUUUGGUUGUCUCUGUGUUGCAUUCAAUGUGUUUCGCUGUCUCGCAGGUGGGAACUUCUUGUGAUUUUAAGGCUAUCGUUAUGCUCUCGAGUCGUUGCUCUCACUAGCUGUAUUUUAGUCUUCAUACCUUCUUUGGGAGGUGAAAUCAGGUGCUAUUUAAUUGAUGGUAAAUGUAUCUAAUCGUUUAUAGAUUAAUUAAGUGUUCACCCUAAUUAUAAGUGUCGAGUUGGAUUUUUGAUAUUCUGCUAGAUGUCCAAAAAGUGUUGAACAGUGCGUCUGUCUGCGUGUUUGUUGAUGAUCUUUAUUAAGCAUUAGGUAGAACAGGGUCGUCUUGGAGCUAGGUUCAACAGUGUCUCAUAUCACUUGUAAGCUUUGUGUUAGGUCAAUUCACCCGUGAUGAACCAGCCACCAGCGCCUCCUCCUCGCCGGAAUGUUGCAAAGCUGUUCCGUCGGCAGAAUAGCUUUGCUGGCUUCCCAAGUGCUGCACUUAGCAUUUUUAAUAACAAUGCUAGCAACAAUAACAAUAAUAACAACAAUGGGAAAAGUUCAAGUAAGCCUGUGCCGACGCCAGCGUCUACUGCCUCGGAGACAUCAACGACAGACUCCUCAACAGCUCAGACAAGUACUGCUUCAGGAGGCGCAUCUGUGCCCACUUCAGCAGCACCUCCUGUAUCCGGGCCGUCGUCGUUGCCCGUGUACCAGCCUCCACCAGCAGCCAGCAGGCCACCCACAGGGUUCUAUUCUCUUCCGAGACACAACCGACCUGGCUACCUCACACGGAGUUUGGGCAUAGGGUUUCACCUGCUGGCCAGACCACCACAAGGAGGGUCUUCGGGUCCUACUGCGGCAGAGCAACUUGGGAUCAAUACACCAUCACUCCCCAAGUCACAUCGGAGAAAUCUUAGUGAAGGAAACAAUGGGGAAGCCAAGCCCUUGUCUGUAAGUUCUCUCACCCGUAAAGGUUCCUCCAACAGGGAUGCUCAGCAGUCUGGAGGAGAACCGAAGCUCAAGUCAUCCUCCUCAUCUUCAAAGCGAAGUAGUAGAGAUGGGGGUGAUGGCAAACCACGGCGUCGAGAUCCAGACUACCAGACUCUUCCUCGUCGUUCAGCCAAGGAUGCGUCUUCAAAACGAUCUCCAAAGGAGGGAGACGCAAAAGGACAAUCAUCAAGGAGGGAGGUCGAGACGAAAUUCAGGUCUCUCCCCCGAAGGCAUGAAGGUGAGGCGAGGUAUCAGGCCAUUGGCAGGAGUGACCCCAAGUACCAGUCCCUUCCUAAGAGGCACAGCAGUGCUGAGACCAGGUUCACAGCUGUUCCUAAGAAGCGGGAUGGUGACCCUACACCUCCACCGAGUUCCUCGCCAAAAAGACGUGUUGGAGACUCAACUCACUUAUCCUCAUCACCAAAGAGACGAGAAAGCCUUCCAAGUCACAUACCAUCUUCACCCAAGAGAAGAGACAUAGGACCAGAUCAUGGGCAUGUGCCGCUCUCGCCUAAAAGGCGUGACACAAUGCCCAGUCAUAUGCCAUCAUCUCCAAAGAAAGGUGAUGCUGCUCCAUCUAUCUCGCCCAUAAAACAUGAGGUCUCAGGAGAGCAACAGUCACAUAAACAACAUGAGGUAAUGCAAGGGCCGCAGCAAACGAUGUCACCCAAGAGACGGGGUUCUGAACCAAAGUACCAGCAAAUUGCAGCGAAGAGGUAUGACUUUGAUCCUAAGUAUCAGGUUCUGCCAACCACAGGGAUUGAUGGUGAACCUACAUACCACAUUCUUCCCCCAAAACGACCGGAUGUGGAACCGAAGUAUCCGGAAUUGCCGCCCAAACGGUACGACAUCGAUCCCAAAUACCAAACACUGCCUCACAAAAGAUAUAAUUAUGAUUCUAAGUAUCAUUCUGUACCACAUCCCCUCCCGAGGCAUGACAUAGAAUCAAAAUAUGAAACUGUCCCUUUAAAAAGACAUGACCAUUUUGACCAAAGAUACCACCGAGUGUUACCACCAACUGUAGAUCUAAGAUACCAUCCUCUCCCUCCACGUCGGUGUGAUCCUGGCGCAAGAUACCAGACCAUACCACCAGUGAGGCAUGAUGUGGAGCAUAGACACCAUUAUAUUCCUCAUCCGAGGAAUGAUGAAUCAAAAUUUCAGCCUAUUCCAAUAGGAAGGCCAGACCUUGAACCUAAAUAUCAGCCACUACCAGUCUUGAGGCCAGAACUAGAACCAAAGUAUCAGCCACUACCAGUCUUGAGGCCAGAACUAGAACCAAAAUACCAGCCACUACCAGCCCCUCGGCCAGAACUAGAACCAAAGUACCAGCCUCUGUCAGCCCUAAGGCCAGAACUAGAACCAAAGUACCAGCCAUUACCAGCACCCAGACCAGAUCUAGACCCCAAAUACCAACCAUUGCCAGCCCCUCGGCCAGACCUGGAACCGAAAUAUCAACCACCACCAGCACCUAGACCACAAUUAGAGCCAAAAUUCCAGCCCAUACCAGCCCCAAGGCCAGAUUUAGAGCAAAAGUUCCAGCCCAUUCCUGCGCCCAGACCAGACCUAGAAGCAAAGUUCCAACCCAUACCAGCCCCUAGGCCAGAACUAGAGCCCAAGUUCCAGCCCAUACCAGCACCUAGGCCAGAAUAUCACACUGCACCACACUGCCGACCUGAUUUGGAAUCUAAAUAUCAACCCCUUCCACCCAGACGCCCAGACCAAGAGCCCAAAUAUCAACCUUUGCCACCAGGAAGACCAGAUCUCGAACCAAAAUACCAGCCAUUACCCCCAAGGCCAGAUAUAGAGCCGAAAUACCAGCCAUUACCUCCGAGGCCAGAUAUAGAACCAAAGUAUCAAAUGCUACCACAUGAACGGCCAGAUAUUGAACCGAAGUACCAGCCACUGCCACCUAAACGUCCUGAUAUAGAACCAAGGUACCAUCAGCAUAUGCCACCAGGUCGACCUGAUGUUGAACCAAAAUACCAGCCCUUACCACAGAGACGACCAGACAUAGAACCCAAAUACCAGCCACUUCCGCCAAGGCGACCUGAUAUAGAACCCAAGUACCAUCCAGCUCCUUUGAGACGCCCUGAUAUAGAGCCAAAAUUUCAACCGCUGCCUCCACCAAGGCCAGACAUUGAACCGAAAUAUCAGCCUCUGCCACCUAGACGACCUGACAUUGAGCCAAAUUUCCCACCACAGCUUCAGAGACGACCAGAUAUAGAGCCAAAGUAUCAGCCACUGCCACCAAGACGACCUGAUAUUGAACCCAAAUUUCAGCCUCCACCAGUAUCAGCAGGUCGGCCCGAUCUGGAGCCAAAAUAUCAGCAAAUGCCACCUAAGACUCAUGACUAUGAGUUCCAGCCUAUACCUUGUGUAAAGCCAAGCUACGACCCCCGUGAUCCAGCCAUGGCAUCGAGGAGAACAGACUAUGCUUUCCACACCAUCCCGACCAUACGGUCUGAGACUGAGCCCAAGUUCCAGCCGAUGCCAAUAAGGAGACCCGAAGUAGAAAGAAUACCUUUCUCAAUUCCAGUUAGUGUGGACAACAAACCUCCACUGGAUUUACCAAAACCUUACAAUGGUGACCCCAAAUUCCAUACAGGUCCACCAAGGUCUAAUGAGGCUCAGCCAGGAUUCCAGAUGGUUCCUCCAAGGACAAGAAAUGGGGAGUCUACCUACCAGACAGGUCCCCUGAAGGUGCAAGUGACAGAGUCUCACGCAAGGCAGAACGAGGCUCCUUUGUAUGAAACUUUACCAGCUAAGCUUCACACCCCUGAAUUGCUGACUAGAGCUUCUUUACCUCCAAAAGCUUGUGAUGUUGAAACUUAUGGCCAGCCAGUUCCUCCUAAGUUCAUGGUGUCCCAUCAGACAUCUCCCAAAACAGCUGAUCGUGAACCUUUGUAUCAGAUGAUUGCUCCCAAGGUAACAGAGCGAGAACCUUUGUAUCAAAAAAUUGCACCUAAAGUAAGUGAAAGUUUGUAUUGCACUGCUCCCGUCAAGCCUGAAGAUGAUGACGGUCCACCAUACACUGUGAUGUCACCUAAAAUAUGUGAACCGCCUCCUCCACCUUAUCAGACGAAACCAAGUGAUUCACGGAGUUUCUUCCCUCCGCCGUCGCCUGAUCCUGCAGACGAGGCCCCUGUAUACCAGGCAGUGACUCCAGAGAUGAUCCAAGACGUCAAAUCCAAUUACCGACUUCUCCAGGCUCGCAAGUUGGAGAAGGAAAUGUUGAAAUUACAGGGUGUCCCCAAGAGGAUAAAAGGAGAUAAGUAUCACUCCCCUACAAAGAGAACUUUCAGGGAAGGAGAUUCGAAAUACCAAUCAUUCCCCAAAAGAGCUCAUAAAGGCGAGCCAAAAUAUCAGUCGUUACCUAAGAAGAGGGAUAAAGAAGGAGAGGCAAAAAGCAAAAAGGAAAAGGAAAGUGAUUCAAAGUCAAAAAAGAAAGAGAAAGAGAAGGAAAAGGAUAAUGAGUCCAAAUAUCAGGCUCUGCCUAAGAGUAAAGAGAAGGAAGGUGACUCAAAGUACGAAACUCUUCGGAGGGAGAGGCCUAUCCCUCCUCCAGUGCGAUGGAGUCCUGGCGAUGAUGACGGCAUUUACUCCAGCUUGGAGUACCCCAGCGAGGGCCCACGGAGCGAGGGGGCACUGAGCGACGACAUCUACUCCAGCAUAGAGACAACGGACGGAGAUCCGCUUUAUCAAAGUGUCGGCGAAGCGAAGUAUUCACGGCCUCAGCCGCCACUACCUGCCCCACUUCGGUACCGCCGGCGGGCAGACGAUGCACCUCCGCCCUUGCCUCCCCCUCGCCUGACCACGGGACCCGUAGGACCUCACAAUCCUCUUAUAUCUCCAGGAUCUAUACCUCCGCCCAUUAUUCCAGAGCGAGGCCCUAUACUCCCAGGCACAGGAAUGAGAGCAUCGUAUCCAGGGACGACCAGCACCACCCCCAGUCCAGAUAACCUGCUCAUGGUGCAGUCGACGCCCACGUGGCCACAAACAACACGGGCCGAAGAGGAGGACGACGUGUACUCGUCCAUCCCUUCCCUCAUUAGCUCCACCCCGGACUCACCCCCUGCCACGCUUCCUCGCACGGCCCCCGUAGGACGCGUGGCCCCGUCGGCGUCCUGGAACUCACUGGGCUCCUCCUGCAAAUCUUCCCUGGAUUCCCUGCGAUCCGAUGGUAGCAGCAACGUACGUCAACGCAGACGCCGCGCACGCUCGGACCCCCGCAUGGACGCCGGGGUUCUGCAUCGCCUGGCCUUCACCGUGUGGCAUACUGCAUUACACAUCGAGAAAGAGGUCAGGAGCGGCGGCUGACCCGUCGACACCACCCUCCGUGCCCGCAUGAC